CCCAUGAUGAACUUGUCUGGGGACGCGCGGCGCGUGGCGGGCGCGCGCAGCGCCGCGCCGGUGCGCGUUCAGCGUCACCCUGGCAGGGUCAACAGACUCGCGAAGAUACAGUUGGCGGCAAGAUCAAAUUGUCCGCGGCGACGCGACCGACCCGCUGCCCUAGUCACAGUCGCUCACGUGCCCGUUUCGCAAUAGGAUCGCUCUGCCCAGUGCCCAAUGCCCAAUGCGCUCCGAUUCGCAGAUGUGCAAUCGAAAUUCGCCGAAAAAUCACCUGCCAAGUCGCCUCUCCGGCAUUUUGCUCUCCUUUUUUUAAUCCGUCAUCGCUCGCGUCGCGCGCUUAUCUUCCGAAUUGAUACUUUAGUUACGUGCCAUCGAACAAUCGGUUGCAUAGUCGGGUUUCGGUGGAUGUGGUGACUUGAAAAAAUUUAUGCGCUCAUAAUGUGAACCUUUAUUUGUAUGAUAAAAGAUACAAAAGUGACCUGUUAAUUCUGACAUCCUCGCGUUUAUAGUGUUAAUAAUCGUCUUUAUUUUUCUGGGUGUUUUCAAAUUUUCUUUUAAAAAUGAUGGUUAAUUUAAUUGCUGUUGUGUCAACUUUUCUGUGGGGCUUUUCUCUCGCCCAAUUCCGCAUGGCUGUAUUCGACAAGACAACGGAUCAAAUCGGGACUUUCUACAAAUACCCAACAGAAGUUCACAAAGUUCAAACAAAAGAUGGAUAUAUUUUGACGAUGCAUCGACUGGCCCAAAAGAGCGAGAAACCUCCAGUAUUACUCAUGCAUGGAUUGAUGGAUAGCUCUGUCACGUGGCUUUUAGCAGGCCCAGGAAAAAGCUUGGGUUUUAUGCUGUUUGAUCAAGGUUAUGACGUAUGGAUGGGAAAUUUCCGAGGGAAUUUCUACUCACGAGAGCAUGCAUAUCUCCCGACAUCUAGUCAAAAAUUUUGGGAUUUCAGUUGGGAUGAAAUGGGACGGUUCGACGUACCUGCCUUCAUAGACCAUAUACUGCAAGUGACAGGAAGAGACCAGCUUCUACACAUAGGCCAUUCAAUGGGUACGACAACUUUCUACGUGAUGGCAUCAACGCUACCCGAAUACAAUGAAAAAGUCCUCGCGCAUAUUAGCUACUCACCCAUCGGUUUCUGGAGUCACACGAACAGUGCAUUUUGGAGAAGCACUGUGCCCAUUGAGAAGGCUUUCUACGAAUUCUACUUGAAAUCAAAGAACGGCGCGAUACUUAUGAAUGAUGAAGCAAACACGCUGAAAACAUUCUGUUUCUUGAAUUCGGGCACCGCGCGCACAUGUAAAAUGCUGCUCCAUCUUGCGGCUGGUUUCAACGACAAUCUCGAUGACCCAACCGUGUUCAGCGUUUACCUGAAUCAUGUUGGGUCUGGGUCGUCAAUAAAAACAGUGAUCCAUUACACGCAACUUGUCAAAUCAGGUCGUUUUCGCGAAUUCGACUAUUAUAACGUCAAGAAGAAUAAAGCUCACUAUGGUGUGUCGAAGCCACGAGAUUACAAUAUUACCAACAUCUCAGCCCCUGUUUUCUUCUUCUACGGAGCCAAUGAUGUUAUAGCUUCACCAAUUGACAUAUACAAACUGUAUCGAAUGCUACCAAAUCCAAUUGGGAUCCAAAAAAUUGAAGACCCCGAUUUUAACCAUCUUGAUUUCACCAUGGGUCCAACCGCCGCCAACCUCGUCUAUAAGAAAACUAUUAAAAUUAUGGAUAAAUAUUCUAAUUCGUCGCAAGCAUUACUCUGGCGGCAAAAUCGAGUUUUGCGGAAGACACCAGAAAUUGUAGAAAAAUUAGAAAGUUCCCCCAAACUUCCCUCGCCUACAAAAUCAAGUCCGGAAGCACCUAAAAAAACUCCCCUGAAAAUGACCCGUGGCCUCAACUCUAGGAGAAUGAGGGGUAGAAAAUUCUCCUUCAAAUUAACCUGAGCUCGGAGAAGCUAUAAGCUCAUCCCCAAACUGAACUUUUGGCGGGAGUAGCGAGCAAUGAUUCGCAAUAAAACGAUAAAGUUGUCGUGAGGUGCAAGUUUCGCGAAUCCAAUGAUGCGGAACAGAGAUCAAACACGGUGAUAACUGUAAAAUAUUUGAUAUUUAUGAAACGUCUUGAUACGCUGUACAAAAGGAAAAUUUACAGCCGACAUUUCCAAAUAUUUUAAUUUUUUUUUUUAUUUGCUAAGAAACGAGUUCUGAAGUGUGUCUCCGUGUGAAGAUUGAGUGUGUGUUCCGAUGUUCAUACUAUGUAUCGUCGAAUUGAAUUCAUUUCCAUAGUCACCGUCAUAUUACGAUGAUGCAUGUGCCUCAAAACAUUGAAUUGAUCUGUCGCAGUGAAAAGGAGACGAUUCGUUCUGUUUCAAAAUUGAGGCUCUUGGAUUAGUUUAACAUGCGUAUUCGCAAUUUGUAAAUAGAACGGGUAGUCAGGACUUUCUGUCAAGUUCUAUUGCUCGUAAAAAUGUUAAUCAUUUCGCCCUGGCGACAAAACAACUGAACUGAACGCAAGAUUGGAUAUCAACGGCUAAAUUAAGACAGCCUUCGAUAGGACCAUUCUCAAAGAUUGCAUGGAGGCACGUGAAAUUGUAUCUUCCAGUUUUGAAGGUGCUUAUAUACUCCGGUGAUAUGAUGUACGGAUUAUGCGGAAUGAUUAGUAUCUUUUCUUUGCAAGUCACGCAUACACAAAACAAUUUAUUAAGACUGAUUAAAAGCAUGAGAUGAAAAGUUAGUAAUAUUUCGAUUGGAAUGGAAUUUUUGAAGAACCACCCAUUCACCAUUUUCAUUCCAAGUCUUUGUUACCAAUUCUUUUUGAAAGAAAUGUAGAAGUUUCAUCUGAUAUUUUAAACUUUGAUUUGCAUUGAAAUUAACAUUUCAACGGAUGCUCUAUGUUUUAUCUGAGGUAUAUUGGAGGGAGGAAAAGUCUGUUAUACAGGACCUCGAAUCUAAUUGGUGACAAUUGUUCCUUCUCCUUGCUUUCCAAAUUCAUUGGAUCAGAUAUUAGCUACGGCAAACAAAGCUUGUCAAUUAAUACCACGAAGUUGUAAAUUAUUGAGUCCUAACAGCUCCUUGCCACUUUUUCAUAGUAAUGCUUCUGCUGGAUCCUAAUCCUUCAGAAUGGUUAUACUUGCAAUACAAGAUAGAUUUAAGCGUCGAAUUUUUCAUGUGUGGAUAAUUUAUUUGUUGAGAUUUUUUUAUCAUAAGGAUGCAGGAAUUUUAAACAAAAUAUCUUAUAUGAACAAGCUGAAGACAAAAAAACCUCAUCCUCUAGGAAAACAUGUGGAGCUUUAAAGUUUGAUAUUUUUCAUUUUGAAGUUGUAAAUAUUUUUAAGUACUGUAAAAAUUAGUAAAAAAGAAUGACGCCGUAAAGUAAAACCUCAGAUAAUCGCGGAAGACGGUGUUAAUGUCAGAGGAAACCACUUUAUCUUUUGAAGAAGAGACCCCUUUGAUAUGUCUGGAAGAGUUACCUGUUCCACGUAGAGGAUGAAAUUUACGGAAAUAUUUAAUUUAAAAAAAAAAAUACUCAACUAGCGUGUACAACUGUACAUAUGUUACCAAGUAGCCUGUUAAGGUGCAAUCCAGAGUAUCUGGGACGACGACUUUGUUCUCAGGAUAAGACUCAUCGUACCUUAACAAAACCAAUGUGAUACGAGACUGUACAAAUGUGUAACAUAAUUUAUAUAUAACUACCCUCCGAGCUUAAGAACAUUUAAAGUUGUGCUUAAUUUAUUUCAAUAAUGAUCCUGCUCAAUUUGACCUGAAUUUUUAGUUAUGUACGUUAAUUUUACGCGUCAAUUUUGUUUUUCACUCGAAUUAUCAGAGAUGAUGAUAUGAUGAAGCGCCGAGUUGCAAAAGCUGCGAUCCCAUUCUGCUGUCUAAUAAUUGGAAUUUAUUUUAAUUUAAAUUAUUAAUUAUAUUGAAUAACAGUGAGCCAAUCUCUGCGUACUUUCUCAAGAACUCUCUAUUUAUUAGCGUGAAAUUAAUGACAGUAGCAAGAAGUUAUAUUGUCUACUCCUUUUCAUCCAUUACUCCUACACAUUAUUGCAGCUACCAAAUUUUUAGACGGCGGAAUGGGGGUUGUGGCCCUUAACCUUCGGCAGUUUAAAUGUUGUAUGUAUAAAACAUGUUCCUAAUAAAAGGUUUCUUUUUCUCGUGAUAAAA